ACCAGAAAGAAGAGGAGGUGCAGAAAGAGGAGGUGCCUGAGCUCGGGAAGGCGGACUACGCAGAGUGUGAACUGGCUGUCAACACGCGGGGACAGACAGGAGCUAAUAUAAACGUGCUCGAGGCUACCGGGUCCAAGGAGACAGCGCUGCUCCUGCCACUGACCGGCGGCGCUUCAGAGAGACGGCGGGACGCGCGGAGCUCCGGCCCAUGUAGAGCGGCCAUGGCCGCGCUGGAGGGCUGCCGCUGCCGGAGUGCCGGCGGGCGAAACAACAGCAUCCUCUACAGCAUCUUGAAGAGCGACAGCCUCGCGAGCGCCGAGCAGCAACAUCAACAUCCCCAACAACAGACAUUGCAACACUUGCUGCGCAAGACCGCCGCCGUCGCCGCCGCUUCGCCGCAGGCUUGUUCGUGCGGCGCGACGCGGCGCCGCGGCAUCCUGCGCUCCCCGCAGGUGACGUGCAAAGCCGCCUCGGCGGUUCUGGUGAAGACGCUGCGCUUCGUGAAGAACGUGCCCUGUUUCCGCGAGCUGCCGGAGGACGACCAGCUGACGUUGAUCCGGAGCUGCUGGGCUCCCCUGCUCGUGUUGGGUCUCGCGCAAGACCGGGUGGACUUUGACACCACGGAAACCGUGGAGCCCAGCAUGCUGCAGCGCAUCCUCACGGGUCUACCGGACCGGCAGAGCGACGUGCUGCCGGCCGGCCCGAGCAGGGGGGCAGCCGGGGUCUCCGUCGUGGAUAUCGAUGCCCUCAAAGCCUUCCUGACGAAGUGCUGGAGUGUAGACAUCAGUACGAAGGAGUACGCGUACCUGAAAGGAGCCGUGCUGUUCAACCCAGACGUGGAGGGUCUGCGCUGCCUCCACUACAUCCGGUCCCUGCGGCGCGAGGCGCACCAGGCUCUGAACGAGCACGUGCGGCUGAUCCACCGCGAGGACACCACGCGCUUCGCCAAACUGCUCGUCGCUCUGUCCAUGCUGCGGGCCAUCAGCGCGCCGGUGGUCGCGCAGCUCUUCUUCAGACCCGUUAUAGGGACCGUGAGCAUCGAGGAGGUGCUCAUGGAGAUGUUCUACGGGAAGUAGAACGACUCAGAUGGACUAGCAGACGGAGAAGGAUAUUUAGGGACUUAAUUUGUAACUACUGUUUGUCGGAGAUCUUCAAGGACUGUGAACCGACCCAAUCAGACACGCCCCCGCUUGUGCGCGCGAGAAAGAACGGAAAACAGUGUUCAAGGCAAGAUAUGCUAUAUUAGAGGAAAAAAAUACAAAGCAGCUGCUGGAAUUCAUAACUUAAUUGUUUUUAUACAAACUAUUUUUCUAUAAUAAAAAAAACUUCGAACUUUU